AUGUCUUUCGCGCUCACCUUUGGCUCUAUAGGCGAUAUCAUAACAGUUAUUGAGCUGCUGAACCGAGUUCGCGAAGCACUCUGCGACUCUACAGGCUCUUCAGCAGAAUAUCAAGCUCUCAUAGUCGAUUUGGACGUUUUCUCCGACAUCCUUGACGCUGUCAAAAGUAGUAUUUCCUCUGAUACUCGUUUGUCUCCUCAGUCCGAGUCGCUCCUCAACGCCCAUCGACAAGCAGUCCAGUCAAGUCAUGAUCUCUUGAAGGAUAUUCACGGGAAGAUAUGGAAAUAUCAAUCUAGCCUGAGGGCUGGUGGAUCAGGAAAUGCCAUGCGGGACUCUUGGAGGAAGAUAGGCUGGGCUUUGUUUAAAAAACCCGAACUGGUGCAGAUGAGGAGGAAGGUGAUGGACCAAGUCGAGAUAUUGAACAUAUUAUUGUCCAUUUCUUCGAGGUAA